AUGGUAUCUGUACGAGACGUUGACUAUUUCUUCAUUGAUGUGGAUGUGAAAGGGCCUAAUGAUAUCCAAUGGUGGUUUACUGGCUUUUAUGGGCACCCGGAGAUAGGGCAGCGGCAUCUCUCAUGGGAUCUGCUUCGUUCCCUCGUGCGUAGUUCGACAGACAAAUGGAUCAUAGCAAGGGAUUUUAAUGAGAUAUUGGAGCUGAGUGAGAAAUCUGGAGGAAGGCUCCAAAGUCAGCAACAGAUGAAUGCAUUUCGCCAAGCUUUGCUGGACUGCAAACUUGCAGACCUGGGGGCGGCUGGAGGACCCUUCACAUGGAGUGAUGCCCACACAAAGGAGAGGUUGGAUCGGGUUGUUGGUUCCUCGGAAUGGCAAGGGACUUUUGGCUUUUCAAGGGUAGUUAACAUGCCCCCUAGCAGAUCUGACCACAUUCCUAUGCUUCUGGAGGUUGUGGAGGAGACCUGGACAGUACCCCAGAAUGGGAGCCCGAUAGUGCAAGUGUGUCGAAAGAUAAAGGAUACGGGAAAGACGUUGUUGGAUUGGGACAGAACUACUUUCAAAAGUAGGAGGGAAGAGUUGGAUUCGGUCCGAUGCCGAUUGGAUUUGCUGCUGCAGAAACCUUUUGACUUGGGUGACCAAGCUGAAAAGCUCCAGUUAUCUCGGCGAUUGAGUGAGUUGAUGUCCAUUGAUGAAACUUAUUGGAGUCAACGUUCACGUGCAAUUUGGCUUAAAGAUGGAGAUAAGAAUUCCAAAUUUUUCCACCGAAGAGCCUCGAAUCGUAAGCAGAAGAAUAAGAUUAAAGGUUUGUUUGAUGAUAAUGGGGUAUGGCAAACUUCCUCUAAUGGCAUUGAAGACGUGGUUAUAAAAUACUUCCAGCAGGUUUAUGCUAGUCAAGCACCAGAUGUUAGAGCUCAAGAAGUGGUGUUGCAGACAAUUGUUUCAAGAGUUACUAUCGAAAUGAACGAGUCGUUAUUGGCUCCUUAUAGUAUGGAGGAAGUUCGAAAUGCCCUAUUCCAAAUGCAUCCCUCCAAAGCACCUGGACCAGAUGCAGAGUGCGUUUGUCCCAGACAGGUUAAUCUCUUACAACACUUUAGCGUGGCAUCUGAACUUGCUCAUUAUAUGAAUAAGUUGCGAAGAGGCCAGGAAGGAUUUUUGGCUCUCAAAUUGGAUAUUACUAAAGCCUACGACCGUUUGGAGUGGGAUUUCCUCAGGAAAAUAAUGCUCAAAAUGAGAUUUAAGGCUCAAUGGGUGGAUUUGAUCAUGUUUUGUCUUUCCACAGUCCGGUAUUCUUUCCUCAUUAAUGGGAUUCCAAGAGGGUUUGUUACUCCUCAUCGAGGAUUGAGGCAAGGUGACCCCAUCUCUCCUUAUUUAUUUCUUUUAUGUGCUGAAGGAUUGUCAGCCCUUAUUUCUCACUCUGUGGCUAAUGGUCAGUGGCAAAGGCUACGGGUUUGUGAUGGAGCCCCUGUUAUUCGUCAUUUGCUUUUUGCGGAUGAUAGUAUGUUGUACUUUAACGCUUCUUCUCAGGAUUGCAUUUUGAUUCGGAAUAUAUUAAAUGUCUAUGAGAGAGCUUCGGGGCAAAAGAUUAACCUGCAAAAGAGUAGUGUGGUAGAUCGAAAGCUGACACUUUUGCUUAUAUCAAAGAUAAUUUGUCAAAGAAGCUUACAGAAUUUGAUUCAUGAACUCCACCAACUUUGUGCCCAAUUUUGGUGGGGGAGUACAGAAGAUAAAAAAGCUAUGCAUUGGAGAGCUUGGGAUGAGUUAUGUAAACCUAAAGUGAUGGGUGGAAUGGGAUUUCGUCAUCUGUUUGCUUUUAAUCUGGCUAUGUUAGCUAAACAAGGAUGGCGUCUAAUUCAAGAUCCUGAGUCUUUGGUUGGUAGGCUGUUGAAGGCAAUCUAUUUUCCCCAUUGUACUUUUUGGGACGCGGAGGUUGGUUCCACUCCAUCCUAUGCUUGGCGGAACAUUCCGAAUGGUAGAGAUAUUCUGCAGGUCGGUAUUCGGCGUCAUAUUGGGGAUGGUGUUUGGAACCAGGCUUUACUACAUGAGCUCUCCCAUUACAUAUUACACAAAAGAUCUUGGCUCUUCCCCUUAGUAAUCAAUGUUAGAUGGAAGAAGCCUCUUAUAGGUAUGAUCAAACUAAAUGUGGAUGCGGCUUUUAGCAAUGUGGAUGGGAGUGUAGGUGUUGUGGGUGUGUUUCGAGACUUUGAAGGCUCUUGUUUGGGAGGUUUUCGCCACACACUUCUUGCAGCUUCUUCCGCUCGGCAUGCUGAACUGGUAGCGCUGCUAGUGGGCGUCCAGCUAGCUAUCUCUCAUCAAUUUGUCCCUUUAAUAGUGGAAACUGAUUGUCAAGACUUGGUACAAGCUGUGGCACAUGAUUCCCUUGAUCAUUCGGAGCUGGGCUAUCUCUUAAGUGACCUUCGAGAGGCCCUGCAACUAGCAUCCUUUGCGCAGGUUCACCAUGUGCGCCGAGCAGCAAACAUAGUGGCUCAUACUUUAGCACAAGAUGCUAAAAAUGGACAGUUUUUUAUGCAGCUCUUUACUGUACCUCCUCCAAAUGUGGUGGAGCUUAUAUCCAUUGAUUGUAAUGACUUGUAA